AUGGUGUUUUGCUAUAAAAUUAUCACGGAAUCCCCGCGGAAGUCCAGCUCCUUAUCACCUAGAAAGAAAUCCUCAUCUGAUAAACUUAAUUAUAUUUCAAGUACAAUAUCAGAACUGAUUGGUUCAUUAGACUAUGAAGGAUGCAGUAACGACGUCAUCGAUUCGAUACCAGAGCGAGACUGGCGCCUGUUGGUGGCUUUAGCACGAAAAAGGGAAGAAAAUGAGGAAAGGGAAAGACUCGCGGAUCAGUUCCGAAGGAUGUGGUUAAAGGAAAAACAAGAAAGAGAAAAGAUCGAAGCAGAAACCUCGGAGCAAUUCAAACAGUACCUGCAAGACAAGCGAGCUCGGGAGCGUUCAUGUUUCGAGUUCAAGCAGUUUCAAAAUGCCCUGGAACAACAUCUGAAGAAAAAAGAACUGAUGGACUGCAUCCAAUAUAAGGAAAGACGCUGUGCGGACUUACUGGCUUUACAUGAUGAUAGAAAGAUGAAUGAGCUAAUAGCUAAAGCAAUGGACGAAGAGUCUCGCGCUUACCUGGCGGCAGACCGUCGUACUAGACUAACCAUGGCCGACGAGCGACGCCGUCGGAUGCAACUAGUCUACGCUCAGAGAAAGGAAGAAGAUGCAAGUAAACGAAGAAAUGCUAUACUCAGAGAUGCUUCACAGCGGGCCGCAAUAUCCAAUGCUUUGAGCACGUGGGAAUCAGCAUUGCUGCGACAAGAGCUUGCAGCCGAGGACGCCACAAGACGUGCCCGCACGAUGGCUCGCUUGGCCGUUCAAAACAGGCGUUCGUUUAGAUUGUCACGUGACCGGGAAAUUAGAAUAAGGAAGGCGCGGCGAUUGGCCGAGUUCACCGCUCGGUUAAGAGACGCAGUUAAAACUGGACAGUUGUAG